AUGGCAACACCCGCCCUAGACAGCUCGCCCCAGCGAGGGAUCUCUGAGGCCUCCGGGAACUAUGUACCACUCACGAAGCUGUUGAGGGGACAGGGUCUCACGACCGCGCUGCUGCUGCUGGCGCGAGCCACCACCGGAGCCAAUCCUCUGCGAAGACCCGCGACCAGCACCACCGCCACCCCCGCCGCCUCUGCCGCCUCCGCCGCCUCCGCUACCGCCGCCUCCUCCGCCUCCGCCUCCACCGCCGCCACCUCCGCCUCCACCGCCGCCACCUCCGCCACCACCUCCGCCUCCACUGCCGCCACUGACCCUCCCACCCCCACCUCCACUCCCACCGCCACCCCCACUCCCCCCACUGCCGCCACCUCCACCUCCAUCGCCCCCGCUCGCUCCUCCUGCGCCCUUGCCCCCCUUGCCCUUGCCAGAGCGGCGUCUCCCGCUAGAGGCAGACGCCGCACCGACCGACUCAAGACCAAGGAGGUCGGCCGCAGCAACAGUGGCAACAGAGGGCAGAAGGGGCGAGGGGGAACACCCCUCAAAGAUGGGGGUGCGCGGGUCACCACGAGAGGCCCCUACAGCGACUAUGCUCUUCUCAGCCGCUAG